AUUAAUUUCAAUGCCUUUUUAUAUAUGAUAUCAUAUUUUAUAAUUAUUAUCAUCGCAUUGAAGUGAUAUAAGCGUUCAAAAGUAUUUUUAACCAACAUUUGCCUAAGAUUUUUAUAUAUAAAAUAGCGAUAAAAGUAAUUUUUACAGACAUUUCUGUGUGACUUAAAAAUUUGUGUCAUUUUUAAUUCAUUAAUUAAUUGGUGUCUAAAAAAUAUUUACCCCAAAAAUGCCACUAAAAACCGAAGUUUAUAACAAGGCUCACAAUAUCAAUGAGUAUACCCUGUCGAAUAGCACCGGUGGUUUAGUGGUGAGGAUUAUUGACUACGGAGCCACUAUUACCCACCUAUUUGUGAAGGACAAAAAUGGUCAGCCCAGGGAUGUGGUGCUGGGUUGGGACGAUUUGGACGGCUAUCUCGGCAAUAAGGGUCGCAACCCGUACUUCGGAGCAGCUAUUGGUCGGUGUGGUAAUCGCAUAACAAACGGAAAGUUUGAAUUGAAUGGACAGACCUAUCAGUUGGCACUGAAUAACGGUCCCAAUGCUCUUCACGGAGGUGUCAAAGGGUUUGACAAAAGGAAAUGGACUCUAAUCGGAAGUACUGAUGACUCGAUUACUCUGGAGUUGAUAUCAGAGGACGGCGAUGAGGGCUAUCCGGGACGGCUGAGAGUGGCGCUGACGUACACCGUCACCGAUGAUAAUGAGCUGCGAUUGGAGUAUACGGCGAGACUGACGGACAAUCAGUCGGUGGAAACAGUCGUGAACCUCACGAACCACUCGUAUUUCAAUCUGAAUGGCUGUACCAGAGGUGAGGAGUUGGAUGUACUCAACCAUACCGUGCGGAUGACAGCCACUAAUUAUCUGGACAUUAACGAGAACUUCCAGCCGACCGGCAAAAUAUUGUCCACCAAAACGGAUACACCGGUUAUGGACUUCGCCACCGGCGACGGCCAGCCCCGGCAUACCAUCGGUGAACGCAUAGCCCAAGUGCUGCCCAACGGUUACGAUCACUGCUAUGUCAUCGAUACGGACGACAAGACGUAUAACAUCGCCGGCAAUGAAGAGAUCCGGGAGGCGGUGGUGGAGGUGUCGUCCCCUCUGACGGGCGUACGGCUGACCUUUUCGACGACAGAACCGGGAUUCCAGUUCUACACCGGGAAUAACGUGGGUUCGGGUCAGACCACCAAAACAAGUCAAUCGUCGCCGGCGUUGGAGUUGCGGAAGAAUUCGGGCUUUUGUUUGGAGUCCCAGCGCUUUCCCAACGCUAUAAAUGAGGGGAAAUGGAGGCCACAGGUGCUACUGUCACCCAACGCCACGUACAGCCAAACCACGGCUUAUAAGUUUGGCUUAAUUUAGAUUUAAUGGGAUAUAAUGUGUGCAAAAAAAGUUUAACUCAAAAUUAAUUGAUUGAGAAAUUUAUUUCUUUUCGUAAAAGUCAUGUAAAAGUGAUAUAAGAAUGUCGUAUAAAUAG